CCUAGUGGCAAUUGUCGUCCAAAUCAAGGGACGCAGCGAAGAGUUGGUGUGGAGGGCAGUGCAGGAAGAUGCUGUCAAGUCCAAGUCCAAGUGCAGCAACGCUUUCGUUCCGGGGCUGGCAGUGUUUGUGGUCACGUCAGACACGAGAAUAGGGGAUGCUGAUGAGGGGCACGAGUGUGCCCGGAAUGCGCGUAAUCAGGGAAGUUGGAGACGAAUCAGCAGUACAUACGGUUGGAGACUGUGAUGAAGGCCAUACAGGAAUUAAUCGGGAUCCCGGAAGCAGAUUGGAGGUUGGAUUUGCGAGUGGAUUUACCUGAAGGCAAGGGAGGAUUGUGAUGUGGAUUAAGUUAAGGUUCCUACAAAGUCCGAAAUGAUAGUUUGGGAAUAAUGGGAUUGAAGCUGCGACUAUGUAGAACUAUAUUGAAUUGCAGUUGAGAAUUUUCCGCAGAGGUGAACUUGCGCUCCAUGGAACAGGGGUUUGUGAUCGGACGUGAUUGGCAGGAGUAGGAAUGGGGAUGAAUGGGGGAAACAAAGCGUACAUGUGUAGGAUUAGCUGAGUUUAGGUACCUCAGUUGCUGGAGAUUCAGGAGGAAGAGGCCAGCGAGCCAUGGGGCUGUUGCAGAUGCUCCUUCGGGAUCCAUCCAGGCGAGCAGUUAUUCGAUCUGAAAGACUACACAGACUGUUGGCUGUAAGAUUGUUCGACUUCGAAACUGCUCAUGGAGAUCACCCUUUUAUUGUGGAUCCUCAGAAUUCUCCAGAAACUAAAUGUCUUCCUUUCGAUGACACCCAGGAUGACAUCAAUGGUGUCACGGAUUGUGGGCAGAAUUGGAAGCGGAAAGGAGCUUCAUCUGGCAAACCAGAAUUUUGUCUGUCUGACGUGAAGAGCAUUUUAGCCAUUAGGUAUGCGUUGGCUUCUUUGAUGCCGGGACAAGUAUCAAAUGUGUCCUCCAGCUCCGGACUUUCUACCAAUGGAUCAAGUGGUUUUGAAAGAAAAAGUGCGCACUUUUCCACAGUUUCGUCAGCUGCACUGAAUGGGGUCCCUGUGAUUAAGCGGAAUGCCGAAAGAAUGCGCAGGGGAUCACCUACUAGAUACAGGCCUGCAGAAGGUAGAGAGAGAGCAGGUAGGCCUCCUCAGUUGGGCAGAGGGCAGGUUCUUGUAGAUCAUGUUUGCCGAAUUUUGAACCGUGCCGAUAGCUUGACCUCCCUUUCACAGAUGGGCAUCAAGCUGGAUCCGUUCCAUGUCAGUGAGAUUCUCAAGCGACAAACAGAUGUGACUCUCGCACGGGAAUUUUUUCAGUGGGCCACUUCACAGACAGAUUACCAGCAUAAUUCCUUUACCUACAACGUCAUGAUCCGUUUAUUGACUCUCGCGAAGGAUUUCGAUGCAGCGCAAGGUUUGAUGGAAGAAAUGUAUGUUGCUGGCUGCAGCCCGGAUGUUGUGACAUACACGAUUCUGGUCAAGGGCUUCAGUGCUGCAAACCGCUACCAAGAUGCUUUGGAUGCGUUUCAGCACAUGCAGGCAGUUGGUUGCAAGCCGAACCAUGUCACCUAUGUCGUCGUUAUGAAUAUCUUUGCAAGGACCGGUGCAGUGGACGAAGCUUGGGAGUUGUUCAACAGAAUGCGGAAGGAGGGUCUCCAGCCGAGCGUCAUGUCAUACAGCCUGAUGAUAAACUGUCUCGGCAGGGCUGGGAAUUUGAGUGCCGCAAUUGCACUGUUUGGUGACUUGAAGGCAUCGGGUUGUAAACCUGAUGUUUUCAUAUACACAAACAUGAUUGAUGCACAUGCAAAGGCAGGAUUAUUCGAACAAGCUUUUGAGUUGUACAGAGAAAUGUUGCGGGCUGGAAUAAAGCCCGAUCUUGUCACGUUGUGUGCAGUCAUGGACUGUCUUGGCAAAGCGGGUGACGUUGUAGGAGCUAGCAGGCUCUUUGAUUACUUGAAGGCAAGAGGCUAUCGACCUGAUUCCGUGGCCUACACGACAAUCAUAGAUAUUCAUUCGAAGGCAGGAUUCUUUCAAAAAGCUGUGGAACUGUUCAAUGAAAUGAAGGCGGUGGGCGUGCAGACAAACACAGUAAAUUACAAUUCUAUGAUCGACUGCUAUGGAAGGGCUGGAAACUUGCCAGCAGCUGUUGAUCUCUUCCGGGAGAUGAAGGCAUCCCGCCGUGCACCUGAUGUGCAGACAUACGGCAUUCUGAUAUGCCAUCACGCGAAGUUGGGCCUGCUGGAGAGCUGUUUGCAACUUUUUGAGGAAGUGCAACGUGCUGGUCUGCAACCCAACUCUGUCAUUUUGAUUGCCAUGGUUGACUGUUUCGGCAAAGUAGGAAACUUUACUGCAGCGCUGGAUCUUUUCCUACAAAUGCAGGAGAUGGGUUACCCCUUGGAUGUUAUAUGCUAUUCAAGGAUGAUAGACAUAUGUGGGAAAUGUGGGCAUUACGACAAAGCUAUGGACUUUUAUCAUGAAAUGCAGGAGGCAGGUUUGGAACCAAACGUGUUCACCUACAAUGCUUUGAUCCAUUGCCUAGGCAAAUCUGGCAAUCCGACAGCUGCUCAGGAAAUCUUUACCGAAAUGCAACAACGAGGUUGUGAGCCGAAUAUAGUAACUUACAACACUCUCAUCGACAUGUACUCUAAGGCAGGAAAUCCAGAUCUUAGCUUGGAAAGUUACAGGAACCUGCUGUCUGCUGGUCUGCAGCCAGAUUCAGGAACUUUCAUCACAUUGAUGGAGGUCCUGGGCAAAGCUGGGCUGUACGAAGAUGCUGAGAAUAUGUUUACAAAGAUGAAGGAAUGUGGCCAUGAUGUCAGGCUCCCAGCCUACAACAUAUUGAUUGAUAUGUGGGGCAAGGUAGGCAAUAUUGAGAAGGUGACAUACUGGCACAAGAUGUUAUCAGAUUCUGGGGUGGUACCAGACAUUGUCACUAUCAGAAACUUGAUAUCCACAUACUUACGAGUGCACAUGUAUGAUGAGGUGCUAUUACUUUUCAGAGAUAUGGCCUCACUCGUCAUACCCAUCGACUGUAGUUUGACUGCGAUACUGUUGCAGCAUUGUUCGGAUUGCGAGCAUCAGGAACAAGUUGAUGCUUUGCUGAGUGUACUCGCGAAGGUGAAACAUCCAUCCUACGCCUUUGUGAACAAGCUUCUUGGAGGCGAGCUCGAGGACAUUAGCGCAGAAUGCAAGCGUUUCUUCGACUCCUUGCAAGGAGAAGAAACGGAGAGCAAAGUUAUGUUCAAUGAUGCACUUAUCAUGUUUCUACAUAACCUGAAUCGGAAUGUGGAAGCAGGUCAUCUUUGGGAUUACGCUUUAGAAAACAACUAUUAUCCUCAAGCUGUCACCAUGCGGCAGAGUCCCAAUCUCUGGUUCAUGGACUUCCACUCCAUGUCUGUUGGUACCUCCUUGGUUGCUCUCACCAGGACGUUAGCCAGCUUCAGAGAUACAAUGCUCAAAACCAACGUUGUACCAGAUCAGGUGUUUAUCAUAACUGGCUGGGGCAAAGGAAGUAAGGUCCCAGGAUGCUCAACUGUGAAGCAAGCAGUUCAGGAAAAGCUUGGUGCCCUUAAAUCUCCGUUCUGGGUCAACAGUUUGAACCCAGGCUGUUUUGUGUGCAAAGGUGAACCAUUUUCGCAGUGGGUGAGGAAUUUAUCGCUGGAUUAGCUGAGAAUGGCAUGCGUCACCGAAUUCGGCACCAAGAUGUAGCGGGCUGCCCUUUCAGAGAUUGGCCUGAAGGCCCUAUUCACAAUUUUGCUCUAAUGAGACUGUAAGGUGGGCUGAAACGUGGUCAAUCCUGACAUGCGCGAUAAAGGGACGAUAUCCUCUCAAGUAUGAGAUCACGUGAAUAGAAGCGAUGCUACGGUAGAGCAAAUAUAGCGCUAGUGAUAUGCUCCACAUGGAGCACGUUAGAUAUCGUUGUUUUUUUUUUUCCAAUACUCUUGCGUACAUUAGAGAUUAUGGAGACGAAUGUUGGAAAGAAGGUCCUGACCUCAAAGUCUCUACCGAAAUGAGAGGAUAAUAUCUAGGACCAUAGAAGAUUGAACGUUCUCGUGCGUGCAACGUGAUGGAAUCUGCUGUUUACAAUCAGUUUUGGUAUCGCUGUGAAGAAGCUCAAAUUUCUCAAAUUUAGACCUCGUGGUUAAGCCCAGAAGUUUUCAUGACCUUGUUUUCAAACCAUGUGCAAAUUUGAUCCU